CAUGGUUCUGAGAUGGCUGGCGCUGUGUCUACCAUGCGCUUUUUCGAUCAAUGUGCAGAUCAUGGUCACCAGCAAACUAUCCUCCUUGGAUCGUCGAAUGACGCUGCGCGAAGUCUUUGCUCAUUGCACAGACAGCACAAAGGACACACAUGCUGUCGAGCAACUCUUCUUUCUGGCAGAUGCCGAGGCUGCUAAUGAGGAGCUCAAUCAGAUGCUGAAGGAAGAAGAAUCCCUGUUUCAUGAUCUGAUCUUCGUUGGCGGUCCCGACUCGGAUCCCUCGGUGGAACGUGAUGUGACCUAUGUUCUGGAGCGUCCCACUGCGCGUGGCUUUCGCCUGGCGCUAGGGACGGCCUGGCUGGCGCAUCACAGGCCGGACUUGGACUUUGUGAUGUACCUGGAUGACGACAGCUAUCUUCACAUCCCACGCCUUCUAGCAGCGUUGGAGGAGCACAAGACCCCAUCCUUGGCCAUGGGAUACGUGAUGGAAACCCAGCUCGAUACCUUGGACACGCACAUUUGCAUGGUUUGCCCUACAAAUUGUGAGAGAUGUCGUGAUGAUCCCUUCUUGCAAGAGUUCUGCGGGCAGUUUCCCAUGAUGUCCUUGGGAGGAUGUGCCUUUCUGGUGCAUCAGUGCAAGCUAUUUGGCCAAGACGAAGUGGAAGGAAACCCGCAGGCGUGUGUGGAAAAGGCGCAACGGAAUACCUUGCAGGUCUCGAGCUACUUCGGUGCCUAUGCGCCGCGCUGGUUUUUGGGCAUGGGCUGGGUCUUCGGCCGUCGCAUCGUGGAUUUCCUGGCACGAAAUGUGGCAGACCUGAAGAAACACGGUGCUGCGGAUGUCCAGCUGGGUUUCUGGUUGGCUCCUUUGGAAGGCAUUCACUGGGUGGAUAUGAAGGAAGGUCAGUUCCAUGACUACCCCAUGCCAGGCAGUACCUUUUCCAAGGGAUGCACUGACAAGACCAUCUUGGUGCACAGGAUGAAUGAGGAUCGAUGGAAAGACUUUGAUGCCAAGACUUGUGAACUUCACUGUCCCUUGACCGCUGUGACCUGAUGAGGCGCACCAGCCCCGGGCUUGGCCGCUUCGGCUCGUUGUUGCAACAGUUCUCUACCGUGACGCACCGGACGAGGUCGAGAUGAUCGCUCCUGAUCCCCAUUCGAGACCGGAGGAGUCGGUGGAAAAUCCCCCGGUUUUUCCACGGCGGCAAAAUUCAUCCCACUGAUCCAUGGUACCUCCAUGGUACCUCUUCACAGUGAUCUACAUGGGAUAAGCUUAAUCCACUUGUGGGGGCCACUAAGUGGGAUGAGCCAAGC